GUGUGACUCGCUGUUAAGUUACGAGAGGAACCGUUGAAGAUUUGAACACGUUAUAAGGAAUAGUAUGGGGAACGAAAUAUAGUCGAUUUACAACGAUAAACAUUUCGAAAUAUGAAUAUUUACACGUAAAAUCAAUAACACUUACUCACAUCCUGUGUGUCCGUUGUAGUUUCCGGCGUUUUUUGCUGUUUUAAGCUUGCUUUACCAUCACUGUUAUAUAUGUCAAAAGACGAAGUCAAGGCUGCACACUCCGAUUUCGACCGUUGUCCACGCGGAGGUGGUUUGCGCACCGUCUUGGCUCUCAACUCGAACUUCUUCGAACGGAGAUCUACUUACGCGCAACAAAAGGAAGAUGUCUCUUGCUAAGGAGAAAGACGAUCUGAGAAAUUUAAACGACCGUUUUGCGGCUUCCAUAGAAAAAGUCAGGAAACUGGAAGAGGAAAACAAAAAGCUCAAAAAUAAGGCAUGAUCAAACUUGGUCAGAGGAGUGAGGCAAAGGAUGCUUCUCGAUGUAUUUGGUCACAAGUCCAACAUCAGUCUUGUAUUUGACUUCAUGGAAACAGAUCUUGAGGUUAUAAUAAAAGAUACAAGUAUUGUACUAAGCCCAGCAAAUGUCAAAAGCUAUAUGAUAAUGACAUUGCAAGGUUUGGAAUAUCUUCACAUGAACUGGAUCCUUCAUAGGGAUAUGAAACCAAAUAAUUUGUUGAUUGAUGAUAAAGGAGUUUUGAAGAUUGGUGAUUUUGGACUUGCCAGAUCUUUUGGAAGUCCCACAAAGGUGUAUACUCAUCAAGUAGUGACAAGGUGGUAUCGUCCCCCCGAGCUUCUGUUUGGAGCAAGAAUCUAUGGUACAGGUGUGGAUAUAUGGGCUGUUGGUUGCAUUUUGGCUGAGCUUCUUCUGCGGGUUCCCUUUUUACCAGGUAGUUCUGAUUUAGAUCAACUCAGCAGAAUAUUUGAAACUCUUGGUACUCCAUCAGAAGAUUCCUGGCCAGGUGUCACAUCUUUACCAGACUAUGUGGAAUUUAAGAAAUUCCCAGGGAUUCCUUUAAAGGACAUAUUUUCUGCUGCUGGUGAUGACCUUUUGGAUAUGCUUGACAGAUUACUGGAUUGCAAUCCUGCUGGCAGAGUAAAUGCAACUCAGGCUCUGAAGAUGCCAUACUGUUCCAACAAACCCGUCCCUACGCCUGGGCACCUACUGCCACGCCCUAAGAUAUCGGCACCCGCAGGUAGUAAAAAGGAGGAGGAAAACUCGUUGAAAAGAAAAAUGGUUGAUUCAAUGGCUGAUUCAGGAACUAUCAGAGCAAAAAAGCUGGUAUUCUAGUGUGAUUUCCGUCAAAGGCAAAGAAUUAUCCAUUUAUUGUUUCCCAAGUUGUACGAACCACGUUCCAGCGUGGCAAACUCUCGUUUAGGGAUUUUUAUGUUGUGUGAUAUUUGACACGAAACGACCGACGAGGAGGACAUCAACCACGCUAUGGCCAUUGGCUAAGCGUUCUUUCAGUUCAGGAUGGCCCUCAAAAGAGCAAGUUGAACGAUGAUCAUGGAGAGCGUACAAUUAUGUCCUCGCAACCGAAGUUUCGGAGGUAAACUUUGACAGUUGCGCAUGCUAAGCGAAACUGUCGUUGAAAGUACCCUAUUCACGAACACCAGUUCACAAGAACAUCUAACUCAAGGAAAGCGCCACUGUCCCUUUUCCAUGAUAGUGCCAGUCUCCCGCUCGUGCGUAUCAAAAAAGGGGAACCACAGGGGAGGAGUCGGCCCAAAAUUUCGCUUUGAGAGUGACAUUACGUUCACCCGAAAAAUGGUCAACUGUUUAAAAAAAAUGGCGCAUAUUAUCGGUAGAGUUAAGUAGAGACGUGAAGCUCUCGUGUUGAUUUUGGAAUUGAGAAGUGCUCGCUGUAUGUUGAUGCAAGCUAUGGUACUCAUAAAUGUACAUACCGUAGAUGAAAAAACGAAUCGACGUCAACAUUUAAUUUAAGAAAGAUAUAGAAACGUGUGUGUAGACAUGUAACAAAGAAAAAAAAACCCUAGUUACUGAAGGAAGUAAUUCUCUCAGUUUUAUAUAUUGUUAGGAUCAUCAAUUUCUGAAGAUCGAAAAUGGUGGUCUCUGCAAAUCAAGUCUUCCAUAAAACGCAAUGGAUUAAAUGAACGAGUUGCCAGUAAUCGGAUCCUUAUGUUUGCGUACAGAAUUCUGGGUUCGCCACGAGGCAAACACUGCAACUCGCUAGAAGGAAAUGUUUGGCGAAAGGUUAUUCCGACGACCAAAAGAACGAUUUUGGAGAGAGGUGGUUGCUUUUUCGCCGCUGUUUUAUCAUUAACUUGUCUUCAUGCGUGCGCAAUGUGUGUUGUGAAUUUGACAUCGCGUAAUGGUAUCGAAUUUAGAAAAACUAACUAUAAAUUGCCAAGAAAUAACUCGACAAAGCCUUGUUAGUCUUAUGGACGUGUUUUAAGUCUACCUCUAUCUUUUUUUGUGGCUUGGUUAUACAACAGAGCGCUGGAAAUCUGCUUAAAGCUGAACCCUUUCUUUUGUGACGAUGGGUAGGUACAAAUGGGUCGCCUAAGGAGCGAUGAACAACUGAUUACAUGUCCACAGUUUCUGCCGAGGUUCCCGUGAUCUUGCUUUUCCUGGCAAGAUCCUCCAAGAAGUUCGAGAAGAGAAGUUGCAGCUCAAAGACUUGGAUUUUUCUCAAACAAAGUAUCACUUGACCAAGGGAUUUCCUCAUUUUUUUCAUAAGUUAUUUCAUCCUUUCAGAGAACAACAACUCGGUAAAGACAAUUUCCAUCUCUGGUGACAACGACCUCUCUCCUUUAGGGAGU